GACAUGUGACAACCUGGAAAAAUCUUGUUUCGGCGAAAGUUUGUCGAUUUGGCGGCAAGACGUGAACUACUAAUAUUAUUUAUUAUAUUACUAUUUCAUUACACUUAAUUAGUUUCAAAAUGUGUUAGUUUUUCAUUAGUGUAUACAUCAUAAUAUAAUGCUCACUUUUAUAAAAGCAUAAAUGAAUUUAAAGAACGUCGAAAUGGAUUUGAAGAGAAAGGAAGAACUACAUGAUGAGUAUGAAAACAAAAGGCCAUGGUACAAAUAUAUAACAGUGGAACCAGCUAUGUUCUUCUACAUGAUGGCUUACAUGAUAACUAGUGUAGUUGAACAGACAUUCUAUGUAUUUAGAGCUUGUACUGUCAAUCAUGGUUAUAGUGAACAAGUCUGCUACAACAUCAGUGGACAUAGUGCAAUAAAUAAGGAAAUUCAGGGAACCGUGUCAGUGUUUCUGCAAUGGUUCGGUAUAGCCAGCCACGUAGUGCCGUGUUUCCUGGCCUUCUUUCUCGGCGCCUACAGCGACAAGCGAGGGCGAAAGGUCAUACUACUAGCUGGUCUACUGGGGAAACUAUACUUCUCUACAAUGCUUACCAUCAAUGCUAUGAAUGAUUGGCCAGUAGAGUAUGUGAUAUAUACGGCGGCAUUUCCGAGCGCCAUAACAGGCGCUGACCUGGCGAUAUUCGCGGGCUGCUUCGCCUACCUAGCUGACGUGACCACUGCAGAGAAUAGAACCUUCAGGAUCGGCAUCCUCGACGUCGCUUACCUUAGUACCAUGCCCACUGGAGUAGCCCUAGGAAACCUGUUGUAUAACAAGGUCGUGAACAAAUCAUUUACGGCUAUGUUUGCUGUCAACACGUCACUUAUGGUAUUAGCUUCCCUGCACUGCUGGUUGUUUCUGGACUGGCAGACCAGGGUCGAACAGAAGUCCUUACGGGAAGCAGGAGUGAGGAACCCUGUAACAGACUUCUUUGAUUUGAACAAUAUCAAAAUGACCCUGUUAACACUUACCAAGAAAAGGCCCAACCAUAAGAGAAUGUUUUUAUGGUUCCUGCUAAUAUCCAUGGCAUUUUAUACUUUUCAAAGAGACGAACGACCGGUUAUGUACCUGUAUACGACGGCUGUGUUCGGAUGGGGGCCGACAGAGUUCAGCCAUUUCAGGACCUAUCUCAGCUCUGCAUACGUCAUUGUUAUGCUAUUCGGCAUACCACUUAUGACGAAAGUUUUCCGUUGGAGAGAUACGCUGAUAGUAAUGUUGGGAGCAACAGCGCAUAUGUCUGGGCACUUCAUAUACGCCAACGCGAUGGUCGACAAACACCUGUACAUCGGCGCCACGGCUGCCGCGCUCGGGCCGUGUGUCGCCCCUCUCAUCCGUUCUAUGACCUCUAAAGUUCUAGCUCCCAAUGAAAAAGGCGUGGCGUACGCGUUCCUGUCGGUGAUGGAGAAUGCCGUAGCGAUGUUCGCGUCUGUGGUGUACUCGCAGAUUUACAAAUCGGCGCUCGUCUCGGGCCACCUCAACGCAAUCUUCUACUUCACCAUGGCCACGCAAGCUGUCGUGUUCAUCUGUGCUUUAAUAAUGGAGCUUGCUUUGAAGGGUCGCCGAUUAGAAGAUGUAGCCGACCAGGACGAGAAUAGGAUUUCUGAAGAGUCAUGACAAUGGCCCCCAGUAGUUUUUUUUUUUCCAGUAGUUUUUAUUGUCCUAGCAAACAGGCUAUUUAGCGUAAGUUUAUGAAAUGAAGAUAGUUAAUUUUUAUAUUAAUAUUUUGGGGAUGGCAGCGGUGAGAGCCCGCUGAAUCUCUCUUUGCUUUGCAGAUAUACCUAAUCACGUUCAGUAGGGUACUUUCCAGUACACAACACAGUUUAUGACGUCCAAAACGUUUAUUACACCUCCCUCAGUUCACCAUUAAUUCUUAACUAAACUAACCAAGCAUUUAUUCACCAUAAAUAGCGAAGCCAGUUCCUUUUUUGCUCGCUAUCUCGUAAUGUCAAACUCUUGUCUCUCUCCCGUGUGUGCGCGGGAGCGCGGGCGGGGAACGACCGCUGAUUGGCCGACAGUUGGCGGCAGUUUUGCAAGCCGCCACACCCAUAUCAUACAUACCUGAUGCGAUGCAAACAUGUUAAAAGUUUUAUCCCUCGGUCGGUAAAAGCGAUAUUAUAAGAGCAUUCAACACUAAAACGCAAUGGAAAUAAUAUUAUUUUGAAGUGUUAUCAUAUAAUAAAGACUAAUUAUCUCCUCCACCCCGCACUAAUUCGUAUCGGGCGCUGACCUCACCCCCUCUUGGUCAUAAAUAGCCGUAAACCGCUAAGCCGCACUUACGCGUUAGGCGGCUUUCGGUAAGAAUUAGAUUUUUGUACGGAGCAUGAUACAACAAAACCUGGUAUGCUCAAAAGUGACAGACGCACGUCAUGUCAUCCUCCGUUGCUAUUUUGUAAAAAAAAAAUGCCACGCAAUUUUGAACUUUUAGUUAAAGAUUUACUUACAGUUUUAAUGAUUUUUAUAUAUGUGAUAAGCGAUAGUCAAUAAGUACGUUAGUCAGUAAUUCGCUUAAUUUUCAAUAAUAAAAUUGAAGUCCUUGAAAUGCUGGAGAUACCAAUUUAAUGGUGUUACCAUUUAACACUUACGUCAUCAAACGACUAGUAAUAGCGGCUUUUCAUAGGAUUGAGCAUACCUUGUUUUAUUAUACCAUGUUAUGGAGAGUCCGGCGUUAGGUGUUAAGUGCGUGUAUAACAACCAUAGAUUAAUGUUUCAUGUAAGUACUUAGAGUUGGCGCCAGAAAAGAUCUGGAUUUUGUAUAUGUCGUGGCCGGUUUCUUAGAAUUAAUAAUUUCAUGUGUUGGACCAUUUCACGAAAUGGUCGUAUUACAUGAAAUAGCCAACUUAAGCUGACCAUAUCGUUGAAAUGUCAACGUUUAAUGAUAUUUCAGUCCACGCUUGGCCAUAACACUAAUGUAGGCGGUGUUCAUGCUAUGUGGUGUAAUAAAAAUGCGAAUAGUGUUACCCGAUAAUCGAUUAAUUUCUUAGGUUCAAAUGAUUUACCUAAUUUACUAUCAAUAUGGAAAAUUGUACAAUUACAUCGGUUAAUAGAUUGUUCAAAUCAAAACAAAGCGACACCAGCGCCACAACCGGUGGAUAAUGUUAGGUACUAAUUUUAAGAUAAUAUAAUUGCCAACGUUCGGCCAUAUCAUGAAGUAAUCAUGCAUUUAGUUGCUCAUAUCGUUAAACGUUUUGUGUUCGUGAUAUGGUCAUUGAUAUGGCCAAACCAAAUGAGAGACAUGAUGUGGCAAACGAGUGAUUAUCUAUUUCAUGAAAUAUGACAAUUUCAUGAAAUGAUCGAGCACAUCAUGAAAUGAUCUAUUCUUAGAUCUGGCUACGACAUAUACACGCGUGUACACGGACAUCUUUAGUUCCUCGCCCGCCAAUACCGCCUCUGUGUGCAUUGAACUUAAAUCUCUCAUUAUACAGGGGUUAAAUAAUACUGUUUGAUAAUUCGCAAAUCGUGGAAACCACGUGAUGUCUAUCAUUAAGAACACAAGCGAUCUGACUCUGAACACUAAGGGCUCAAACUGCGGCAGCGGCGCGGUGGCGAUAGCGGCGCGGGGAGCGGCGUGGCGGCCGUUGUUCCGUUCUUGAUGCCAGCAGCGGCCAAAUCGCGCGGUGUUGCGGCGGUAUAGAGUUGUGUCUCAAAUGAACGCGAUGUCGAAACGGCGACAACGCAUUUUCGAUUGUAAUUUUUUUGUUUCGUACAAUGUAUUAUGGGCAUAAGAAGAUCUGAAUCCAUCUGAAACAAAAAGGCGAGUUUCAAACGCAGAGACACCGCUCGGCUAGAGCGCACCGCUCGUACCCCGCUGCCCGCGCUUCAAUAUAAGUCUUAGCAUUUGAACGCGCCGCUCCCCGCACCGUUGCCGCUGCCGCUGUCAUCCAGUUUGAGGCCUAAUGAACUACAUUCCGAACUCUGUAACAUUGUCUGGUAUGCACGGUCGGCAGCCAUAUAAUUACUUCAGUACUUA